AUGCGACCGAGAACUUCAGAAACGGCUUCCCAGCCUUCUCAGGCUCAGGCGACAUCCGUUUCCUCAAACCAUCACCAAGCCCUCGGGUCCGCUCCGCCGCCAGUUGAUGCUUACUCCGACCAGCAAGCACAAUACCACCUCCACCGCGAACCCAGCCAGCAACAACAGCAGCCUCACGAUCCGCCGACACAUGGCCAGGCCGCAUACUCUUCUCACAGCCAAACCUUCCCCGUGAUACCCUCAUCCUACUACCACGAGCCCGGGUCAUUCAUACACGACGACUACGACGAUUACGAAGACUAUGACGAUGACGACGACGACGACGAGGUGGAGGAUGAGGAUGACGACCUAGACAUGAGCGACAGCGACGGAGGUGCUCCCUUGGAUCAUGUAAUGACAGUAACCAGCCUUCUGUCUCCAAUGUCCGACAACGAGGCCGAAAUGGGCCCUCAGUCAUUUCCUGGAAAUCACCACUUCGAGCACCCCGCACAUCCGUCACAAGAGCAGUACACGUCCACGGGGCCGCCUGCUCACAUGGUCAACUACUGGAACAUAUCUAUUGCAGCCGGGCAUGCAUUUCUCGAUCCGAUAGGAGCUCAUCAUCCCACCCCGCUUGAUACGACACCAUUUCAUCCCAUGCUUCAUGCUGGAGCCAUGGAUGAUGAUGACGAUGAUGAUGUCUUCUAUCCACCCGUUGCCGAGCAGCUUCAGCAGUUCCAAGCAGUGAUUACCAGCGAGGACGAUAUAGCUUGGGAAAACGCAGGUCCGCCUGCCCUGAGCAAUCCCAACCCAAGCACCCUCGGCCCAGAGAAUCCUGGUCUAACCGACUUCCUCAAGGGCUGGGCGUGGCGUAAUGGUUUUCAGUCUCGAGGGCCUAGUCCUGGCAUUCGUCAAAUCAAUGCACAGGUCUCGCGGGAUGUCACGCGCGUGCGAUACUCGGAGCUGGAGGGCGACGCAUGCGACGCGCAGGGCAUCGACUGGGAAGCCUUGGGGGUGACACGCAAGAAUGCUCGAGAGCGGAGAUGCCUGGACUACAAGAAUUACACCAACAGGACAGACUCGGAUAUAUGGGCUCCCCAUUUACCAGACAGGAUUAUACGAAAUACCGAAGAUUUCUUCAGGUUUCGUCGCAUGGACAUCCGUCAAAACGUUCAUCUGGCUCAUUUUCAGCUGCGCAACAUUCUAGCAUGUUCUGGACGCAGCCACGCCUUCUACCCGGGACAGCGAGCCGUUCACCAGAUCAAUCCUGUGUCUGGCGAAAGCGAGGUGGCUAUGGAUCUCAAUGACAUGAUUGGUGUCCAAAUUUCAACUUUAGAUGCUGACUGCGGCAUAUUGAUUGCGGGUACUUUCAACGGAGAGUACUGCAUGCGAAACAUCUACAGCCAGGACAAGAAGUACACCGAGGGACAAAUCACCAGCCACGUAAGUGGCAUAACCAACCAUUUGCAGAUUCAUGCUUCGAGGAACUCGUCCUCACCGCUAGCCGCAUUUGCGUCCAACGACCAGGGUUUCCGUGUCAUGGAUGUGGCCACCGAAAAGUUUGUUCUGGACACGCAAUACGGCUGUCCAAUUAAUUGUUCCGCUCUGUCCGCUGAUCGUCGUUUGCGCGUAAUGGUCGGUGACAACUACAACGUCCUGAUUGCGAACGCGGACACCGGUGAAAUUUUGCAAGAGCUGGGAGGCCACCGAGACUUUGGGUUCGCGUGCGACUGGUCAGACAAUGGCUGGACCGUUGCCACUGGUUUCCAGGACAUGAGCGUGAAGCUCUGGGACGCUCGAAUGUGGACCAACUCGGACGGUACCAGCAAGCCACUCACCACUAUUCGCUCUGAGAUGGCAGGUGUUCGCAGCUUGAGGUUCUCUCCUACAGGGAGCGGCCCUCAAGUCCUCGUCGCAGCCGAGGAAGCCGACUACGUCAACAUCAUCGACAUCCAAACUCUCGCCCAUAAGCAGACUUUCGAUAUCUUUGGGGAGAUCGGAGGUGUCGAGUUCACCAAUGAUGGCCAGGACCUCAACGUUCUCUGUAUGGACCGGACUCGCGGAGGGCUGGUACAACUGGAGCGUUGCGACAUAGGAUCCAGCUCCGACUAUGAGUACGCACAUCAAGCUGCGGCCUUGGACCCUUGGUGGAGGCCUAGCCAGAGCGGAGUAUUGUCUGAUGCAGAGAUAGUUCAACCGAAACUAUCGGCUCAGCGCGAAAGAGGGUACGACCUCUUCGAUGACUUGGAGCCUUUCUGA